AUGGUACUCGAAAAAUACGACUCUCAGGAGUCCGAAGUCAAGAGAUCUCCAUCCGAUGGCAUUGUCAAGGAGACGGAUGAGACCAACGUCCUAGCAGAGUAUGGAGUCGAGAGACGUGCAGACGGCCUGGUCAAGUGGCAGCGAGACUGUAUUACACACCCGAGGAACUGGUCAACCAGACGAAAGGCGUUUGAUACUACAAUUAUCAUUUUCUUCGAGCUGUACACUACAAUCAUAAGCACAACUGGCGCCGUGGCGGCAACGGAGGCUACCCCCGACUAUGGGCUCAGUCAUCAGAUAUCCUUGGUCGGCUUCACGCUGAUGUACCAACUCGGCCAAGCAAUAGGCGGCUUCCUCAUUCCCCCCUUUUCCGAGCUCUUCGGGCGCCGUCUCCCUUACCUCAUCUCCUGUGCCGUCUUCUGCCUCUCUAGCCUCUUCACCGGCGCCGUACACGCCCCGGCAGCGGUUUACAUGGGCCGUUUCACGGCGGGCCUCGCCUCAGCCGUGCCGUCUGUGGUCAUCGCUGGUAGCGUGGAGGACAUGUUCAACACGAAGCGCCGGGUCUGGAUCAUCGUCCUCUGGAACGCGGGCACGACGGUGGGUUUGUGCUUCGGCCCGAUCUACGCCGCGUUCAUCUCGGAAGCGUUCGGUUGGCGGUGGAUUUUCCAUAGCGCGGCUGUCGUGACUGCGGUGCUUUUCCUGGCCAUGUUUGGGAUCAGGGAGAGCCGGCCUAGCAUCCUGCUGGGGCGCAUUGUCAAGAGAAUCCAGAGGGAAACGAUAAUACAGGAACUGGCAUGGCAUAACCCGGACGAGGCGCGCGACUGGCGGGCCCUGGUCCGGAUUAGCGUCUUCCGACCGGGCAAGAUCUUGUUCACGGAGCCGCUGGUCAUCAUGGUGGCGCUGAUCUCGGCGUCGUCAUGGGGCAUGAUCUACCUCUUCACCGAGUCACUAACCGUGGUCUACGUCUCGCUCGGGUUCACAAAGACGCAGGCGUCGCUGCCGUUCCUGGCCAUCGGCGUCGGCGUCAUCUUCACGUUCCUCCCUCGCCUGUGGGAUAUGAAGGUCGUCAGAGACCGCCAGCGGAAGCAGGUCUCCAUUCAACCAGAGGAUAAAAUCAUCGGCUUUGCGUUGGCCGCCCCGGCACUCGCUAUCGGGCUGGCGUGGUUCGCGUGGACGGUCCCGCCGCUGGUCCAGAGCGUCCAUUGGGUGGUCCCCACGGCGUCCCUCGUGCUCGUGGGCUUCGCGGUCAACGAGACGGCGUAUACCCUGAGCGGCUACCUCGCGGACUCUUACCUGCUCUACUCGGCGUCGGCGUUCUCGGGACUCGCGCUCGUGCGGGCCGUCGCGUCGGGGCUGAUGCCGCUCGUCGCGCACGAGAUGUACGCCGGGCUGACCGCCAAUUAUGCGGGCACAAUCCUGGCGGGGCUGGCGGCCAUGUUCUGCGUAACGCCGUGGGUGUUUUUCCGAUUCAGCAAGAGGUUGAGGCAGAGAAGCCCCUUUGCACGGUUUAGUCUUGAGACGCAUUACUUGACCAACGUGGAGGAGAACUAG